CCUACGCGACACGGCGUUCAUCCAAGAAGGCGUAGUGGAAAAAUAUUUUGCUGGAGAGGAUGGCUAGCUAAAUAAGUUAUCCUGAAAUAUAAUAUUACUCCAACACGGCAUUGCUGUUCUAAACGGUUUAUAGGUGUUCUCUGGAUAUGUUUUCAGCAUUUCAUAUGUAACACACUCAAGAGGAUCCAUGUCUUUUCUUCGUUGGGUAUCUGAGAAAUUGAGUGUGGAGAGCCUGCGGGAUUUGGAGUUAUUUGGAGAGCAAGCUCAGGGACUCUCUCACAGGAAAGCCCAUGAGGAUAGUCAGGAGAGUCUGACCUCCCUCCCACGUCGGGACACCAUGGGAAGCUUCCUCCCUGACAGCAGCGCCUACGAGCUCCUCACUGUUAUUGGCCGGGGCUUGGAUGACUUGAUGGCGGUGAACCUGGCUCGAUACAGACCCACUGGGGAGCACGUAGCCAUCCGACGGAUUGAUUUAGAGUCAUGCACUAAUGACAUGGUUACCUACCUGCAGGGUGAACUACAUGUGUCAAAGCUGUUUCACCACCCCAGUAUUUUACCUUACAAGAGCAUCUUCAUAGCUGAAAAUGAGCUAUGGGUCAUCACCCCCUUCAUGGCUUAUGGGUCAGCCAGAGAUCUGAUCUGCACACAUUUCACUGAUGGUAUGAGUGAGCUGACCAUCGCUUACAUUUUGCUGGGCAUGCUCAAAGCUCUUGAAUACAUCCACCACAUGGGAUAUGUGCACCGGAGCGUGAAGGCCAGCCACGUGCUGAUUUCAGCAGACGGCCAGGUCUGCAUGUCAGGUCUACGGAGCAUCUUCAGCCUGAUUCGUCACGGCCAGAGGGCCAAAGUUGUCCACGACUUCCCCCAGUAUAGCGUCAAGGUGCUGCCCUGGCUCAGCCCUGAGGUGCUGCAGCAGAACCUGGAGGGCUACGACUCUCGGUCAGACAUCUACAGCCUUGGCAUUACAGCCUGUGAAUUGGCAAAUGGACAUGUCCCCUUCAAAGACAUGCCAGCUACACAGAUGCUGCUGGAGAAGCUAAAUGGGACGGUGCCGUGUUUGCUGGACACCACCACUAUCCCACCAGAGGAGCUGUCCCUGAAACCUUCACGCUCUGGGGCUGACUCUGGGAUCUGCGAGGGCCCAGGAGCCGGAGGUGUUCGCCACUCCAACGGAGAGCCCUCCUCCUCGUCUGCAGGACACCCUUACAACCGCACGUUCUCCCCACAAUUCCAUGCCUUUGUGGAGGUGUGUCUACAGCGAGACCCAGAAAAGAGGCCGUCUGCCACCACUCUCAUAGGUCAUCCCUUCUUCAAACAGAUCAAACGUCGGCCCUCAGAGGCGCUGCCUGAGCUGUUGCGGCCUGUGUCGCCUAUCUCCACCUUCAGCAGCUCCAAGCCGCAUGGCUCUCCCUCUGGACUGGCUAGUCUGGAGUCAGGCCUCAGCCACCUGGAGGUGGACGACUGGGACUUCUGACAGUGGAGGACUCUGUGGGGAGCGACUUGUAGGACUCUGACAGGAAAGUCUCGGAGCAUACGAGACGAGAACUGUUUUUGUAAUGGUCCCCUUGUAAAUAAUUCAAGCCUCAACCUAAAAGGAUUUGCUGUUCUCAGACAGAAGUUAAAAGCCAGCAGCCAUCUUGCCUCAUCUUGAGGUCUUGCACACGCUUCUGUUCUCUAGAUAUGCACCGACUCUUGCACUGAUGGCCUCUCUAUUUCACACACACGUCUGUUUACAGAUUGUACUCGCACAUUACAAGCCCCGUAGAGGCAAAACACAGCAGGAUUGUUUAUCUCAUGCUGUUGCAGUUUCAGAGGAAGGUCUAUGGAUGCAGAUGUAGCCUCAACCUAAAGAUUCCCAUUAAAUGGAUCAGUAGGAAGCUGCUACUAAAUAUUCAGAGGGGGCACUCUACCUCUUGUUUGAAAAUGGCCGCUUGAUGUGGCCCAUCUGCUCAGUGAGACCACCAUAUGGGUGCACACUGGUUCUCACACCUCGCUAUCAGCCCCCUCUACACCAGAUGGAAGGUUUCGACUUUGUCCUGAUGGUCAACUUAAUGUACAGCAUGUAUACGCAUUAUAGCUCUCUGCUUGUGUUGCAUUGUAAACUUCAUCUCGUGCUUUACGCAUCUCUUUAGUUGCACAGAGGUUAAGUGUAACAUCUCUAGUUUAACCUUCAGAGCAUAGAAUUAUGCUAUGUAUUUCCUUGAACUUACUCUGGGUGUGAUGUUACUUACGUCAAACGUGAAUGUUACAUUGGUGCUUGUUUUGUCUGCUUGUACAUUUAAAAGCGAGGGCAAAACAACGUGUUGCAAAAGUCAAACUUGACUUUUAACAAUAAACAUUGUUCACUUUA